UUUGCACUCGCUUUAAUAUAAAAGCCGCGAGAGUUCUUGGCUGCCGGUACAGUUUAACUUGAUAAGCCAGCCCAGGUGUGCGUUCGAAUAGAAUAGUUGGCCGGUUCAGUUGGUUGUUUGGCGGAUUCUCCUGUUUUAUCAAGUACCAUGUUGAAGCACACUAUCCUGGUUAGCUGUUUGAUAGCAGCCGCAGUCUGCUCGCUGGAUCUGCAAGGUGCCGAAAGUGGAUGGAGCGGUUGGAGUUCCGGUGGCGGAGGUGGCGGUAGUUAUGGAGGGGGCUAUGGAGGAGGAUAUGGAGGUGGUCACGGAGGUGCUAAGGUGAUCGUGGUUUCAUCCGGCUCUGGAGGUGGAUGGCCCUCUUCUGGCGGUGGUUGGAGCCAAGGAGGCAGCUCGGGGUGGCCCAAGGGAGGUAGCUCUGGAUGGUCCAGUGGAGGUUCUGGAUGGCCUCAGGGCGGUUCUGGAUGGGCCAAGGGAGGAUCAGGAGGAUGGUCCAGUGGGGGCUCUGGAUGGCCUCAAGGAGGAUCUGGAUGGGCUAAGGGUGGAUCCGGAGGAUGGUCCAAUGGAGGAGGACACGCCAAGUCCUACAGCAAUGUGAACUCUAUAAGCCAUGGAAGCAGCUACGGCGGUGGUUGGCCAUCAGGUGGAUCCAGUGGAUGGUCGUCUGGUGUAUCUGCUUGGCCGUCAAGUAAUGCUGGUUGGUCUAGCAGCGUCGGUAGCACAGGAGGUUGGAGUAAGGGAGUUAGCAGUGGUUGGCCAAGCUCAUCGGGAUGGAGCUCCGGUGGUGGCUAUGGAUCUGGCAAGGGUUGGAGCUCAGGAGGUUAUGGUGGCGGCAGUGGAGGUUAUGGAAGCGGCAGUGGCUGGGCAAGUGGUGGCAGUCUCGGUGGACACUCCGGUGGCUGGAGCUCAGGUGGAUCGUCGGGAUGGAAAAGUUGGUGAAAUAUGAUACUGUCCUGUGGAAAACGACCUGUGUUCACUUAAACGAUUAAAACAGUCGUGAUGAGUUAUUUGCCUCUGUAAAAAUGUACAACGCCAACUCUCUUUAAUUGUAAAUAAACUUUAUGAAAUAAUA